GCUGACAACAUCAGGGGAACGUAGGCUUAACCCUCCUCCUGACAUUGGAGGAUGCGACACACGAACUCUCACGUAGGCUAACCUCCCGUUGGCCUGCAGCCUUCAACUUCACUCGCCCAGUCAGACCAGCGUAGCCUAGACUGCUGUCGCUGUGUUCCUAUUUUUCGUCUAUUCACUCAUCACUGACCAAGUUGGAUAUUGUAUAAAUUCAGCUUUGCUUGCCCACGACUUACCCAACCCAGAAGAAGAUAACUACGUCAAAGCAGCGUCAUGGGAUCCGCGGACGAUCAUGUAUUGACCCUGAACUCAAUGAAUCCAAAUGUGAUUGAACUGCAGUACGCAGUUAGAGGUCCUAUUGUCGUCAGAGCUACAGAGAUUGAGAAUGAACUCAAAGCUGGAGCGAAGAAGCCUUUCACCAGAGUGGUCAAAGCCAACAUCGGAGACUGCCACGCCACUGGCCAGAAACCUGUCACGUUCAUCAGGCAAGUGCUGGCACUAUGCACCUAUCCAGACCUGUUGAACAGCGAUGGAUUUCCAGAGGAUGUUAAAGCACGAGCGAGAAAGAUUCUCGACGGGUGCAAAGGAGGAAGUUUGGGAUCUUACUCUGAGAGUGCGGGCUUGUUAGCCAUCAGGAAGGAUAUUGCUGCGUACAUCGAGGAGAGAGAUGGGUAUCCCUCAGACCCCAAAAAUAUUGUGAUGUGUACGGGUGCUAGUGAUGGCAUCAAGUCCGUAAUGAGCCUCCUUCUAACGGCGAAAAGCGGCAAGGAGAGGGCUGGAAUCAUGAUCCCUAUCCCUCAGUAUCCUCUCUACUCCGCUACCAUCGCAGAGUUUGGUGCAUAUCCGAUCCCGUAUUACCUGAAUGAAGCUACCGGCUGGUCAUUGGAUGUGAGUGAACUUGAGAGGGCUAUAUCAGAGGCGAGGCCAAACUGCCUACCUCGGGCCAUUGUCGUGAUCAACCCUGGCAACCCCACUGGGCAAGUUCUGACCAAGGAGAACAUCCAGGAGGUGAUCAAGUUUGCCAAGAGGGAGAAGCUUUUCCUCAUGGCUGAUGAGGUCUACCAGCACAAUGUCUACGCCGCAGGCUCAAAGUUUUUCUCCUUCAAGCAAGUGCUGAUGGAGCUGGGCUCCCCAUACAACCAGAUGGAACUGGCCUCCUUUAUGUCCGCCUCCAAAGGAUUUAUGGGAGAGUGCGGAUACAGAGGGGGCUAUGCAGAGGUCAUCAACCUGCUGCCCGAUGUGUAUGCUCAGUAUCAGAAAAGCAUCACGGUCAAGUUGUGUCCACCAGUGUCUGGCCAGGCUGUCAUCGAUUGCGUUGUGAAUCCGCCUAAACUAGGUGAACCAUCAUAUGAACUGUUCAAGAAAGAGAAAGAAACAGUCCUUGCCCAGCUCAAAGAAAAAGCAGAAUUUGUAUCACAACUCUUCAACUCACUCGAAGGAAUCUCCUGUAAUCAGGUCAUGGGAGCAAUGUACGCCUUCCCCUGUGUGCAAAUGCCAGAGAAAGCCAUUGAGGCAGCGAAGGCUGCGGGACAAACUCCCGACAGCUUCUACUGCUUUGCCCUGCUGGAGGAGACGGGUAUCUGCACAGUGCCAGGCUCUGGCUUUAGACAAGUGCCCGGAACUUUCCAUUUCCGCACAACCAUCCUACCACAAAUGGAUGAGCUGAAAGCUGUCCUAAUGAAGUUCAAAGACUUCCAUGUCGACUUCCUGGCAAAGUACAAGUAAAUAUGUGUGGAAGUGUCAGCGUGGGAGAUGGCAGUCAGGAAAUCCGCUCAAAACCAAGACCAUCUUGUUUGAGCUGAUACACACGAAUUUUGAUUUGUUGACUUGUUGUAAGAAUUAGCAUGAAAAGCUUUGACUUACCUCUCUGAUUGCCGUUCUGGGUUUUCUUCUUUAGAUUUGUCAUAGUCAUGAAGAAAUCAUAAUUUUUUUUCUUUUAAAGGGACUGAUUUGGUUAUCCCGAGCCUUCAGCUUCAAGUGUUGACAGAAUAUCAUAACUCCUGAGCAUGAGUACUUGCUGUAUAUUUUAUACAAUUAUGUUGUGAAGUGUUUGUUGGAUGAAUGGUUAAGUCCAACUCACCAUCCUAUUCUUUAAUACAAUGUGUAUGAAAUGUACAAGAAUUUCAACUAAUAACCUUUUAUUGCCUUUCACUUUUAUUUCAGAGGUUGAAAAUAUCAUUUGUAAACAGUAAACAUUUUGAAGAAAUCAUAACAGGAGAAUAAAAAAUGCUAAGUGUGUGCCCCUUGAGCUAACUGUUAUUACUUAAUAAUGUCGGUCCAUGCAAUAUUUGAAAGAAAAACAUUUUCUUAUUUUAUAUUUAUAAAGCAUGAGAUCAUGUGGGCAUUUAGGAUUUGAAAAACAAACUUGUUCAGUAGUUUAUGGGCCUUUAUGUUUUUAAAAUUUGGAGGGUUUUGUUUUUUUGUCUCAUUAAUUAAUAUUUCCAGUGUUUUUCGCCAAUGUCAAGUGCAAAUAUUUUAGUAAAUUCUUGUUUGUAUUCACACUGGACGAUCUCAUCAUCCUACUUGCUCAAAAUUCAAAUCCUGUCCCUCAGACUAUAUCAUUUCAAAGAGCAAUGAAAUGUGGACUUUGGAUGCUCAGAAAAUUUGGUUGUUGAGGUCCUUUCCAUUUGAAUUUAGUGACUCCCAAAUACUUACUAUGAAUGUGCCCAUAUUGGGCAUAAAUGUUAACAGUUUACAUACAUUUAUUGUCUUUUCCAUGAUUAUUCUUUUUUAAAACUUUGUGUUUGAAUCUGUCUUAAAUUAUGUGGGUUUUUUCUCUCCAUUUUUUUUACCCAUCUCCGUUUUCACCUUGCUCAGGUUAUGCAUAAAGUUUUCAGCCUCCACAGCUUUGCACUCUCAAACCACACUGCAUGUGUUGCUGCUUUGUACCUUUUUACAUACACACCUGUUGGACUCUUCAAGAUAGAAAGAUAGACAUUUGGCAUGAUUUGGAUCUUGUUCUUGUGUUUGUUAAUAUUCUUUGUUAAAGAGUACUGUUAAAAAGUUCGUAAAUUGUUGUUUACACUGUUGUCUGAUAAACUAGCUUUUUAAAAACCAGUUGUAUAUAACAUAUAUUUUUUGUGUGAAUUGUCCUCUUUCAGUCUCUCAUAUUGAGUUUCAUAUUGCAGACAAAGCAGAUGAUUUAAUUAAUGAUUUAGAGAAAGAAAAACUCUUUAUUAAAGACAUACUUGUUAUCAAGCGUGUGAUAAAAAAUUAUUUUUUAUUGGGUAGCUAUGAUUAUUGAGCCCGUUUUUUUUCUGGGUAGCUUUGAUCUAUUUUCAUAGCGCUCUAGACCCAGUCACUCCGCCUCUUAUAACCUAAAAGUGUUUAGAGCGGCGUUAAAACCUAUACCAUUUUUUUUUCCUCCCACCCACUGUGAUUUGAAUGGUAGGUUCCAACUUAAGUGCUAGUAUUAAACCAAAAGCAUUUAUUGACUACUUUGACUUCAACAAGGUAUUUCAUGUCUUAUUCAGAGAAGUGGGCAUAUCAGAGAGAUGUGUUUAGUAAGCUUCCAUUGGUGGGAGAAGGUUUUUUUUCUUUACAUACUCAAUGUCCAUUACAAAAUACUUAAUUUUUAGGUUUUCUUUUUUGGAAUUCUGGCCAUGUUUCAGAAGUUAUUGAUCAAGGUACUUGAUGAUAAUUUUCUUUCACUCUGAGCCUAGUAUUUGUUAUUGUGAUUUGUUAACGUCACAAAGCAUUAUUUUGUAUGGAUGCAGUUUAUUGGAUUUUUGUACUUUCAUAAAGAUGGAUGUUGAGAAUGGCGUAGAGUGGUAAUGAGAAGCAGAAUGUAGUAUGGCUGAUCAUACCUAUCCAAGGCAUAGUUUUGGUCCAUGAAUAUAGGUUUCUGUAAGUGCUUGACUUUGCUUGUGUGUCUGUAUCUACCUAUGAGUGAAUAUAGAUGCGUGUGUACAUUUGUAUGAGUUAAUGUUGGUGUGUUGGGGAUUGCUGCUGGUGUUGAGGUUGAAUUGUGUUGAACUGCAGAGUGCUCAAGAUAAGGAAAGACAACUCAUUUCAUAUAGUGAUAGUUAUCUAGACACUUCUGUUGCUAAAGACUCGGUAAUAGUCAAGUUAUUUAUUUUGUUUAUGACAAUCUAUUUCACAAUUAAUCAUGAAUUAUUUAUGAGAUAUUUUAUAAAGAA